AUGGUGACCAAGCCAAUCGUUGCCCUUGAACAGCUGAAUCGGUCCUGUGAAUCCCGCUCCGCUAUCGUUUCAGGUAUGCUGGAAGCAGUCAAAGUGACAAGGAGUCAGAUGAUGGCAUGGAGAACAGAUGAGGAAUUCCACGAUCUGUUCGAGAAAGCAGUGUCAAAAGCGGAUGAGCUGGACCUGGAUCCAAGUAUUCCAAGGAAAAGAAAUCCACCCAGACGCCUCACAGGAACCGUCGCGCCAUUCCACCCAACCAGCCCGGAACAACACUUCAGGCAGCAAUACUUGGCAUUCGUUGACGCCAUUAUUGUACAAAUGGACGACAGGUACGACUCGUCACAGUGCAACCUCGCUGCCUACAAGGUUCUUGGAGAUAUGCUGAUCUCAGGCAAGGCUCAGGCAAGGUUCUAGACGAGAAGGCCAUCAAGCAAUAUCCGGAACUACAAAAGGAUGUGCUAGCAGUACAACUGGCUAU